AUGUCUCGUCAAUCAGCCCAACCCCAGCGGCCUCUGACCCUCACAGAGGAGCUGGAAAAAUUGGAACAAUCUAUCACUUUGACUCUGCAAGAGAUCGACCACAAUUUCAGCCAAGCCCAUCGAAUCGUGACCACGAGUAUCCUACCUCUGGUGGAACAAUACACGGAGCAUUCUCAAGAUGUUUGGCAGGGCGCCAAGUUCUGGAAACAAUUCUUCGAGGCGAGCGCAAAUGUGUCCCUUUCCGGCUAUGAGGAACGUCCCGAGGGCGACGAGACGGUUCAAGAACCCACCGCGACGGAGGAAGAGAUCUCCGCCGAUAUCACCCAGAGUACCAGCAUGGACGAGCCAGAUCAAUCCUACGAAACGCCUUCAUCACGCGGUCCGGAUGCGCCCCAGGGCCAUGGAGAAGACGUUGAUCUCACGGGCCUCAUGAUUUCCUCGCACAGCACACCGCGGGCACCGGCUCAACAACAAGGCGAAGAUGACAUGACGAUCUCUUCGAUCGAACAUUCCUCGUCCUAUGAAAAUCUCAGGAAGCAGAUCAACCAGGAUCAACCGCCAUUUGAUAUGCCCGACUCGUCGACUCUGCCUUCGACCCCAGGACGCCAGCCUUUCUUCCCGCCCGAUGCCAACUCUGUGACCCCAAUGUCCUCCCCGUUCAUCCCGCCAGCCUCGUCAACAAAGUACCAGUCCGCUUCGCGGGACAACCGAUACCAGAAACCCUCAGACCCCGUUCUGCAUCAGGUGCUCGACAAAACCUACCGCGUUCAAGCAACCCCCCUGGGCAAGGGAUACCGCAGUGCAGGUGGGGGAGCCGAUGCUCGCUCCAAAUUCACCGUCACCCCAAAGGCUGCCGCUUCCUCAUCCCGACCUGCGUACGACGACUCUCCUAUAUCGAGCCCUGAACCUGAGGCCCCACAGCUACACUCCGAGAUCUUUGAUUCGCCCAUAAUGGGGGUCAAAGCGACUCCUGGAACGAACCGCAAGCGUCGCACUAGCAGCAAUCGCCUCCGUGGCACUCCAAAGCCCGGUACAAGUGUCUUGACUCCUGCUAAGAAGGGUAGCCAUACUCCAGUGUGGGAUAGCGACGAUGAUUUGGAUGACGAUAACUUUGGACCUAGCCCUCCCAAGACGAUGCAAUUCCAUAUUCCCCAGAGCCGGUUGAUGAAAACACCGGCUAAGGAAGCUUCUAAGCGCAUCGUUACUGAUCUCUUGGCGACUGCCGGUGCAGACGAUAUUACUGAUGACAUUGACGAUGAACACAGCCCAAGAGUUAUUCGGCGAUCUGAAACACUGGAGGACGAUACUUUUUAG